UUAAAAUAUAUUUUAUAAAUAUAUUUGUAUUAUUUUCAAGUAAAUAUUAUUUAUUUACGCAUUUCAGGAGUGUACUAGAAAUAACAAAUAAUUCAAAAUGAUUCAUUGUCAAUUGUGGAUGGGAAGCUUGGAGCCCUACAUGACUGAAAGCUUCGUCAUGACAGCCUUUCAAAAAAUGGGCGAGCAUCCGCAAAAUGUAAAAAUAAUGAGAAACAAAUACUCCGGUGAGCCUGCUGGAUAUUGUUUUGUUCAUUUUGCAACUGAUGAAACAGCAAUUGAUGCCAUGCAUAAAUUAAAUGGAAAACCAAUUCCUGGUACAAAUCCUGUAGUACGAUUCAGAUUGAAUAAUGCCAGCACCCAGGGAGGAAGAUUAUCAACUUCGGAACGUGAGUUCUCGGUUUGGGUAGGCGAUUUAAGCUCAGAUGUGGACGAUUAUAAUCUUUAUAGAACUUUUUCAUCAAAGUAUAAUUCGAUUAAAACAGCAAAAGUCAUAUUGGAUGCAUCUGGUUUUAGUAAAGGGUACGGCUUUGUCAGAUUUGGAAGUGAAGAUGAACAAAAAAAUGCUCUGUAUGCAAUGAAUGGAUAUAUUGGUCUUGGAACAAAAGCCUUGAAAAUUUGUAAUGCAGUUCCUAAACCAAAAGGAACUGUAACAACAACUACUACUACUACAACCCCAUCAACAUAUACUACAACUGCUGCUCAAGAUUACACACAAUAUUAUGAUCCUUCUACAUACUGGCAAAAUUAUUCAGCUGCUUGGUCUUCGCAAAAUAAUUAUUAUGACUCACAAACUACUACCGAGAGCACUUAUUCAUCAACUGAAACACCAGUUCCAACAUCAUACGUUCAAGAAGCUCCACCACCUGACCCAGCUGAAGAUGAACUUGCUUUAAUUGAUCAUAAAGUUACUGUAGAUGUUGAAGGUAUGAAUAGAGAAAUAAUCGAACGAGAUAGAAAUUUGUGGGAUGCCUUGGAAAGUUCAAAAUGGUUUCCUUUAGAAGCACUUGAAAUUGCUAAUUGAGAAAUAUUUAAAUAUAAUUCUUGAGUUAAUUUAAAAAUCAAUUAUUGAUUUGAUUAGUCAAAAUUUUCGCACCAAUUAAC